AUGGCCGAAAACAAGUUGACGUCCGAAGCGAAGUGUCAGGCGUCGGAAGGGGUCGGGGCGGCCGACGGGGCGAGGGGCGAGGGGCCGAGGGCGCAGGCGGAGGCGCUGACGAGCGGCGGCGCCGAGGCUGCGGCGGGAGGGGCGCCGCCCGCAGCCGCUCCUGCGGCGCCCUCGGCCGCCCAGCGAAGGGCCGUCGCGGGCGGCGGGGGCGGCGGGCGUGGCGGCCAGGGAGGGAAGGGCGUGGUGGGGCAAGGCUCCCCCUCGGGAGGCCUUCGGGGGCGCCCUUCGGGAUUCGGGGAGGGGGGGCGGCCUCUGUGCCCGAGGGGGAGCCUUCGCGGGAGUGCCAGGAGGGGCCGGGUUGUGCUGGCGCUCAGUGCGGCUCGAGUGCCAGGCGAGCAGUGUCAGGGAGUGUCAAGGUGCCUGGCAGCUGACUGGCGACAGCAGGGUUCCUGGCGACUGGCAGGCAUUCUGUCAGGGCCUUACGCGCCCUCAGUCUCUGUGCCCAAACUGAAGGAUUUCUGUCUGCGAAUGAAUUUCACGGAUUACCCGCGCAAACUGUCGUUAAUGUGA